AUGCUUUUGGCCUCAUGGCCUCUCUCACCUAUGGCAAUGUGGAAGUCCAGCCUUUCCAAGGUAAAGAUCCCCCUUGCUGGUGUUGUAAAGUUGUAUGAGGUCACAAGUUUGACACCUCUGACUAGUGGUAACAUGCUACAAUGGAAGAGCCCUCACCACAGUGCUCUAAGCAAUCAAUCAAGCCUCUUCAUAUAUCCCCUGGAUGAGUACACCACAGUGGUCGGGUUCGAAGCCAUCAUCUCUGAUAGAUCCGUGACAGUACAGAUCAAGGACAAAACCAAGCUGAACAGUGGCUACUUUGACAUGAAUCGACCUCAUAAUGAUAUGGGCAAGAUCACUCUGGAUGAAGAUCUGGAACGGACUGUGUUUGUGGCCAACCUGGGUACGAUUGGCCCCCUGGAAAGCGUGUCCAUCUUCAUCAGCACCUCCUCAGAGCUCCAAACUCUACCCAGUGGAGCCGUAAGGGUCCUGCUGCCGGCUGUGUGUGUCCCACCAGUCCCUCACUCAGAUAACAGCAUCUCUAGCCAACAGCCCCGAGGAAGCAAACAUAUCUGUAUGCCCAAGAACUUUGAGUACUCCAGCAAGUCCCUGUGUAUAGCCCAGCUGUUGGACUAUGAAAUCACCAACCCCAUGGAGUAUGACUUUAGCUUCCAACUAGAGAUCCGCGGACCUUGCCUACUUGCAGGAGUUGAAAGUCCCACCCAUGAGAUCCGAGCAGAUGCUGCCCCAUCUGCCUGCUCUGCCAAGAGCAUCAUCAUCACGUUGGCCAACAAGCAUACCUUUGAUAGGCCUGUGGAGAUUCUUAUCCACCCCACUGAGCCUCACAUACCACACAUCCUGAUGGAACAAGGGGACAUGACCCAAGGACAGUUUGAGCAGCACUUGAAGGGAAGAAGUGACUUUGCCAAAGGGACCAAGAAAAUUAUCAGCGCUCAGAGAAAGAUGGAAAUAAUCAGGAAACGUCUCCACAAGGAUAUUCCUCAUCACUCAGUACUCAUGCUCAACUUCUGCCCUGACCUCCAGCCAACUCAGUCCAGCCUUCGCAAGACCCAUGGAGAGUUCAUUUUCCUCAUCGACAGAAGUGGAAGCAUGAGUGGAAGCAACAUCAACAGAGUCAAGGAUGCCUUGAUACUCAUUCUCAAGAGUCUCAUGCCAACAUGUCUGUUCAACAUCAUUGGAUUUGGUUCCACCUUUAAGACCUUAUUCCCUUCCAGUCAGGUCUACAGUGAGGAGAGUUUGACUACUGCAUGUGAAAACAUCCAGCAUCUUCAAGCUGACAUGGGUGGCACCAACAUCCUGUCCCCACUCAGAUGGGUCACCCGGCAGCCCACACAUGGAGGCCACCCACGCCUACUCUUUCUUCUCACUGAUGGCUCAGUCAACAACACAGGGAAGGUGCUGGAGUUGGUACGAAGCCAUGCUUUCACCACCAGGUGCUAUAGCUUUGGGAUUGGUCCAAAAGCCUGUCCAAGGCUGGUGCAGGGGCUGGCAGCUGUAUCUAAAGGCAGUGCAGAGUUCCUGGUACAAGGAGAAAGGCUCCAGCCCAAGAUGAUCAAGUCUCUGAAGAAGGCCAUGGCCCCUGUUCUCAGUGAUGUCAGCGUGGAGUGGAAUUUUCCAAAGAACACAGAAGUCUUAAUCUCACCUAUCAGCUCCAGCUCCCUCUUCCCUGGAGAUCGGCUGGUGGGCUAUGGCAUCAUGUGUAGCUCUACUUACCACCAGAGCUCCAGAGUUAGUCAUCAUCACGGUGCACCACGCUCCCAGAGCUCUGUGUUCUACUAUUCCCAGGACAAGGGAUCUGCUCCAGAGAGUGGGGACUGCACCGAAGAGGCCCUGGCAUUCAGUGCAUCCCAGAAGGGCCAGUAUACACCAGCAUUCAUCAGAGAUGCCAACCUGGUCCGAGAUCACUCCAUGCGCCGUCGAGCGUACAGCACCAACCAGAUUCCUGAACUCAAAUCAUGCCGCAGAACCCCAACCAGCAGUGACUCCGCCAUCAUAGCAGGGAAGUACCUCCUUCGGAAAACUCAAGGGCAGGAUCUGCUAGACCAUCUCGAUACAGAGCCCUGCCUGUGGCAGGCUGAGUCCCAGCACUCGAGAUGUAUCAGCCCAGAACUCCAACCACUCAGGAUCGUGGGGAGUCCUCGGAAGUCCUUGUCACGCCCAGGCUACCUGUCCUCCCCGCGCUGGACUGAGGGCCAGUCCCAGGGCCCAGUGAAACACCAAGACCAGUGGGACACCGUCCUCUCCUUGAAAUCCUCCUCCUCCGACAGCCACAGCCUCGGGGACCAGGCGCCACCUCAGGACCCCUCCUGUCCCUUCGAGUCAGAGCUGGAGCCAGAGCAGGAGUCCCCCUCCAAAGGGGAUGCAUCAUCUCAGGCCACGCCGAAGGUGCGGCUUGGCUGCCGCCUGGCCUCCCGAUCUAUCUGCAAGGCUGUGGUCAAAGGCAUAACGAAUAACAAGCCUGUGCAGUGGGAGGUAGUCUUCGACCUGGGAGCCCUGAACCAGGAGCUGCAGAUCCCUGACAGCAUCGACAAUGACAGCGAGUAUGACGGAGACCUCUGGAGAAGGACCGUCCACCACUUGGCUGCCAAGGCCAUCAUCAAAGACUUUGAGCAGUUGGCUGAUAUGGAGUGCGAGAUUGAACCUGGUUCUGGCCAUCGAUACCAGGCAAAUGCCGUGCACACCAGCAGAGCCUGCAAUGUCAUCAGCAAGUACACAGCCUUUGUGCCCAUGGACCUCAAGAGCCGGGACUACCUGCCCACCAUGGUGGAAUACACCAGCACAGGCAGUUCAUCCAGAUCAAGCAGCUCGAGGACCUCAGUCAUGGGGAAAGAGAAACAGAAGGGGUUAGCCAUCAAUCUCAAGCAAGCACAGUUCAUCUUCAGGCAGGACCUAGUGAUGGAUGGUGGACUCUACAGCCUAAAUCUGGAUGAGAACACUGUGUCUGGCAGCCCACCUCCCAACGUCAGAACUGAGAGAACCAGCCUUCGGGACCGUCCUCUGUACAAGUCACUGUUCAAUCCUGGCCCCAGCAUUAAGGCCUCAGAGACCCUCUUUGGUACCAGGCUAAACCUGAAUAAGAACAGAUUCUUGAUGCGAGCAGCCAAGGGGUUAGCGUCCAAGCCCCCGGCACCAACCUCCCAGCUGCAGGAGUUUCCCCUUGAUACUGAGAACAUGGAUUAUUUACCUGUGGUCUCUCUACAGAUGGCCUCAGGUGCCUUCCUGCUCAGCCAGGCCUUCUGCAGGGCCACAGGCAUCCCCAUGGAAAAGCUCAAGUGGACCUCACCAUUCACCUGCCACCGUGUGACACUAACCCCCUGCUCCCACAGUUCCUCCCAAAACCAAGACACCCUGCCCCUGGAGCCCAACAGUCCAGGCCUCCAGAGGCCCAGUGGCGCCUUCCAGAUUUCGGCCCAGAACCAGCGCAUCUCAAACAGCUCAAAGACCUUCUGCCGAAUACCCCGUGCUGAGUCCAUCCUGCCCACAGCCAAAAACUCCCCGAGCCACUCUCCUGAGCUGUCCCACGGGGCUGAUAGCAAGCUGGCCCUGGAGAUCGAUGGACCCGAACAAGCUGGCAAGGUGUGGGCCACAGCGGUGGCCUUGGGGUGGCUGGAAAACAGCUCAGCCUCCUACUUUGUGGAGUGGGAAUUGGUGGCAGCUAAAGCCAGCUCCUGGCUGGAAGACCAGGAAGUCCCUGAGGGCCGCACCCUAGCCUCUGUGAAGACUGCCGCCCAGCAGCUCUUUGUCCUGCUUCGGCACUGGGACGAAAACCUUGAGUUCAACCUGCUUUGCUACAACCCCAAUAGCGUGUAG